AUGAACAAUAAACGGUACUCAAUAUCAACGAAAGAGAUGGCCAUUAAUUMURAACACAAAGGAACUGUAUCAGAUAAUUGUUUUGAACAUAUGAAUUUAAUAAAAAUAAAUCAACCAAUUGAUAUCCAACUAGCGCAUAGUACAUUUUUAUCAGAUGGGAUUAAAGAACGGUGGUAUCCAAAAGAUAGUUUACAAACGGUUUCUUCCAACCUACAUCAAACAAUGGAUUGUAAUACAGAAAAAAUGCUAAAAUUAAAUCCUUAUCUAAUUUUGGAUACUGAUCCCACAUUGGACAAUUUUAACUGCUCAAAUGUAUUAUCCAUAUGUCCUUAUUCAGUUGGAACUGAGCUAGAAAAUUGUUUUAACCCUGUUUGCAAUACACAUGUGAAUAAACUAAAAAGGUUUCGAACAUCUGAUUCACAUCAAGAGCAUAAAGAACUUUCAUCAGAUGGAAUUAAAGAACGAAUGUGUCCUAUAGACCGUUUACAAACGCUUCGUACCAAUUUACAUCAAACAAUGGAUCGUAAAUCAGAAAAACUGCUUAAAUUAAAUCCCUACCCAAUUUUGGAUUCUGAUCCUACAUUGAACAAUUUAAACUACUCAAAAGUAUUAUCCAAAUCUCCUCAUACAUUAGGAAAUAAAAAGAAUGAUUAUACAACAAAUCCAAUUUAUGAACUUGAACAGAGUGAUAAACGGAAUAUAGCUUUUCAAUACCAAAAUCCAGCAUCUGCUAGAGGAUCUGGAAUCCGUGUUAUAUCAAAAUGGGCUCAACUACCAAAGAAAAUACCUUUAGUUGUACAAAGAUACAUAGAUAAUCCAUAUUUAAUUAAUGACACCAAAUUUGAUUUAAGACUCUAUAUACUUAUCACUUCAAUCAAUCCACUUCGGCUGUAUCUUUAUGAUAAUGGGCUUGUACGAUUUGCUUCAGUCAAGUACUCAUCUGAUCUUAACACUAUAUGUGAUAGAUAUAUGCAUUUGACAAACUACAGUAUUAACAGACUUAGUAGUCAAUAUACUGAAAAYGAAGAUGCUAACGCAUGUCAAGGUCAUAAAUGGACAUUACGUUCGUUAUGGACAUACAUGGAGAAAGAACGUAAGAUUGAUGUAAAAAAAUUGUGGAAAAGCCUAGAAGAUAUAGUUGUAAAAACUGUCAUUAGUGGAGAAUCACCUAUGAAUCAAAUGUGUAGCUCAAAUCUUAGCAAUAGAUAUAACGCAUACGAGUUAUUUGGAAUAGAUGUUUUGUUUGAUGAAUAUCUUAAACCUUGGAUAUUAGAGGUCAAUAUAUCUCCGUCGUUACAUUCAUCUUCUCCGCUUGACUUGGCUGUCAAAGGACCAUUAGUCAAAGAUCUCAUGAAUAUGGCUGGUUAUCAUAUCCCAAACAAAAUGUCACGUAGUACACAUAGUACAUUACUCAAAGUGUUAGGAGUCAAAUCAACACUAUGUUAUGACAAAAGAUUAUAUACAUUCAAUUUAUCCGCAAAAGAAAAAGAAAAACAAGAAUAUUAUAUAAAUAUGGAAUCCAGAGCAGAAUAUAUUGAUAGCAUAUUAGAUGAUCUAUUACCAGAUGAUGUUCGACAACUUAUUGCAUAUGAAGAUGAACUUACACAAAUUGGCUCAUUUCAAAAAGUAUUUCCAACCACUUCAUCUUUCAAGUAUCAUAAAUACUUUGAUAGCUCCAGAUAUUAUAAUAUGCUCCUUGAUGCAUGGGAAUGCAAAUAUGGUAACAACAGAGAAGAAGGUAUUGCUGUGCUAGAAAAGUUAUGCCAGUUAAAAAUUCACCUGGAAGUGCCAGAUGUUGAUGAAGAACAAUCAAAAACUUGUGACAUCCACCAAAAUACACAAAUGGAAGUUGAAAAAAUGUUGGAAAAAUCAGGUGGUGAUAAAUUAAGUGACCAUCAUCAAGCGGUCAUCAGGUAAUCUGAUAAUCAG